AAGAAGGAAAAGAGAGUGAUCCACUUCUUCCAGUCUCCCGCCUUCAUUAUUGCUCCACCGCUAUAUCUACCAAACACUCCCCUCGUUAUUGCUCCACCGCCGCUCAGCUGCCUCGCCGACGGCACACCUGAACGCUUCACGGCGUCGUAUCAUGGCCCUGAAAUCGUUCGUCGAAGUCAAUCCCGACUCUCACUUCCCGCUCCAGAACCUCCCGUUCGGCGUAUUCAAGCCCGAGCCCGGCUCACUCGCUCGGCCCGGCGUCGCCAUCGGAGACUACGUUUUGGACCUUUCCGUGAUCGCCUCCGCCGGUUUGUUUGAUGGCCCGUGUUUGAAGAGUUCCGACUGCUUCAAUCAGCCUAAUCUUAACAAUUUUUUGCAAUUGGGACGGUCUGCAUGGAAGGAAGCUCGUGAAACCUUGCAAAGGCUACUAUCAGCUACUGAGCCACAGUUGCGUGACAAUGCAAGUUUAAGGCAGAAAGCUCUUAUACCCAUGGGCAAGGUAGAAAUGCUGCUACCUGUAGCAAUUGGAGACUACACAGACUUCUUUUCUUCCAUGCAUCAUGCAAAGAACUGUGGAGCCAUAUUCCGAGGUCCGGAGACCCCAAUCAACCGUAAUUGGUUCCAUCUUCCUAUUGCGUAUCAUGGGAGGGCGUCAUCAAUUGUCGUCUCUGGCACUGAUAUUACUAGACCAAGGGGUCAAGCUUAUCCAACAGGUGACUCUGCGCCAUAUUUUGGACCUUCCCGGAAGCUAGACUUUGAGCUGGAAAUGGCUGCUGUAGUUGGCCCUGGAAAUGAGCUAGGGAAGCCUGUGAGCAUUGAAGAUGCCAAGAACCAUAUUUUUGGUCUUGUAUUAAUGAAUGACUGGAGCGCGAGAGAUAUCCAAGCUUGGGAAUAUGUGCCUCUUGGUCCUUUCCUUGGAAAAAGUUUUGGAACUACAUUGUCACCUUGGAUUGUGACCUUAGAUGCUCUAGAACCCUUUUCAUGUGAUGUUCCAAACCAGGACCCUCCUCCUUUGCCAUAUCUCGCAGAAAAGAUAUCCAAAAACUAUGACAUUUCUUUGGAGGUUCUCAUUAAACUUGCUGGGAAAGAAGAUUCAUGUACAGUCACAAAAAGCAACUUCAAGCACUUAUAUUGGACAAUAACACAACAACUUGCACACCAUACUGUCAAUGGUUGCAAUCUAAGGCCCGGUGAUCUUCUAGGAUCAGGGACUAUCAGUGGACCUGAACCGGAAUCCCUUGGCUGCUUGUUAGAGUUAACUUGGAAUGGACAAAAACCAUUGUCUUUGGCUGGAGUGACUCGAACGUUCUUAGAAGACGGGGAUGAAGUCAUUCUCACUGGCUACUGCAAGGGAGAUGGGUACAAGAUAGGUUUUGGUGCAUGCUCUGGAAAGAUCAUUCCAUCACCUCAUUGAGACACACUGACUCAAUGCUGGCUUGUUCCAAAAUUUGUAAUCUUUUUAUUGGUUGGUUAAUCCGAAUGUAAAAUUUGAUUGAUCCAUGGCGGAAAACUUUCCCUUCUAUUUCUAUUUUGUAAUACUCCAAUUCAUAGGGUUGCUCCUGGAAGGAGUAUAGGGACCCCCCAAAGGAUCGUGCUAGGGUAACCCCAUAUGAGUGACUCAUACCACACAGUCAAUUUUUUCGAGUGUUUGGGCAAAAGUCACCCAUGAGGGGUUACCUGUCUUCAGGCUUUAUCAUGAUUGGAGUUAGGCAUACGCUAGGCUUUAUUGGGCUUGGUCAAAAAAUAAUGCCCCAAAUUUCGAACUUUGAAAAAACCAAAAAUCUCGCUGAGUUGUGAACAAGUUGCACUUUCUUUCUUCACUUGAGUUUGCGGAGUUUAAUUUAUUUUCUUCUGAAUAACAUGCACUAUGAAAG